AUGUUGAAAGAAGUUUCCCACUUCCUUGACAAAAUCUAUGAGGUUGGAGCUCGAAGGAUCGCCAUUUUCUCAGUAGGCCCCAUGGGGUGUAUUCCUGCUAAAGUUCUUCUACCAGAUGCACAUAUUAACCAAUGCUUAGAUAAGAUAAACAACGUUGUGAAAGACUAUAAUAAGGGAUUGGAAGAUAUGGUAAACAAUAUACGUAGAAAGUAUCGUGAUGCAACUAGUGUUUAUGGACUAGUGUAUAACAUUACACAAGAUAUACGUGCUAACCCUAGAUCAUAUGGUUUUGUCAAUGUAUAUAAGGCGUGUUGUGGUGGCGGGCCUCUAAACGGAAUAUUGCAAUGUGGGACCAAAGGUUAUGAUAAAUGUUCAAAUCCUGAUGACUUCUUUUUUUGGGAUUAUUUUCAUCCUUCAGAACAUACUUAUAAGCUCAUGUCCGAGUCCCUUUGGAAUGGAGGUAAUAAUCAAAUCAGACCAAUGAAUCUGAAGAGUUUGGCCAAUAUCAACUUGUCAUUAACUUAG